GGUUUUGUAUUCCAAAUCCCUAGCUUAGACAUAAUCUUUACCUGAACAGUGAAGUGAACAUGGGUCUGCUUUCAUGGUGGAAGGGGAAGAAAUCCCAACCUGAAUCUGAAGCAAAGUCGCAAAUUAAGAACACCAAUGCCACGGCCAAACCCACCACCGCUGGCGCUGAGGUCCCUGGGAUGAACGGCGCUAUGGAGGUUCCCCGACCCCCAAACACCAACGUCUCCGUUUUCGAAUUCGGCGCUUCCAACGACAAGGUCACACUCGCUGGCUAUUGCCCUGUCUCAGAAGACCUCCAGCCAUGCCGCUGGGAGAUUCUUCCCGCGAUUGGGUCCAACGCGCCCCAGUUUCGCGUCGUCUUCUGAGACUAGCUUGCUCUGCUUUACUUUCCCAACCCUCUGCCUUAAAUGAACAAAACUGAUGCACUUUUUGGUAUAAAUGAAACAAAAUUUGGGCUAUUUCUCAUGUUUUAAUGUAUCUGCUUGUGUUCAGUAUGGUGAGCUGUGACAUUGAUGCAUCCCCCGAAUACUAUGACUAUGACCGUGAUGUUAUGUUAUGUUAUGUUAAUCUUAGUGCGCCAGGUAUCUAUGUAUUGUUUGUGUUCUGUUGCUUUAUGCUCCAUUUAUUCGUGGUAUCUCACUAUCACUGUCUGGUUCUAAGAUUGUUCCAUCGACAUUUCUCAUUUUUGUUAUAUAGUUAUAUCUCAAUUAUCCGA